UUAAUAUAUUUGAUUUGAAAGGAAUUAGGAUAAGUGAAGGCACAAUCGUGAAGCUAUUUAAAAUCCUUACGCUGCCACAAGAAUGUAUACGUCUGCAAGUACCAUAACCUCCAUUGCUCAAGUUUGGCAAUGGAUACUUCUCAUUCAUACCCAGCAAUUUCAACGAUAGCAAUAACAUUUUCCCUUCCGGUAUUCUUUCUUAUCCUUCUAUGGAUAUCAAAAACUUCCUUCAGAUGCACAAACAAAAAGAGAGCAGCACCAGAAGCUGGAAAUUCAUGGCCUGUACUUGGCCAUCUCCACCUCCUAGCAGGACGGCAACCAGCACACCUAACAUUGAGCGCCAUGGCAGACAAAUAUGGCCCAAUCUUUACCAUCAAGUUGGGUGUGCGUAGAGCUUUGGUUGUGAGCAGCUGGGAAACUGCCAAGGAAUGCCUAACCACCAACGACAAAGCCUUUGCCACUCGUCCAAAAAAUAUUUCCAUGGAGGUUUUGGGCUACAACCACGCCAUGUUUGGCUUCGCACCUUACGGACCAUACUGGCGCAACAUGCGUAAAAUUACCACUCUCGAGCUCCUCUCGAACCACCGACUGGAUAUGCUCAAACAUGUACGAGAAUCUGAGAUGAAGGUAUCCUUACAAGAGUUAUAUCAACUUUGGAAAGAGAACAAAAAUAGCUCUGAUAAGGUUUUGGUGGAGAUGGAUAAAUGGUUCCGCGAUGCAACCGCCAACGUGAUUCUCAAGAUGAUAGUAGGGAAGCGAAUUUCGAGUUUGGGGAAUGAUGCAGAGAGUGGGAGAUGGAAGAACGCGUUGAAGGAGUUCUUCGAGUUGAGUGGGAAGUUUUUGGUAGCGGAUGCAUUCCCAUUUUUGAGAUGGUUGGACAUUGGGGGAGACGAGAGGUUGAUGAAGAAGGUGAAGAAAGUACUGAACGAAGUUGCUGAGGAAUGGUUACAAGAGCACAAGCAAAAGAGAGCUUCGGGUGAGUUCAGGGACGAGGAAGAAGACUUCAUGGAUGUCAUGCUGUCAAUCCUCACCGACGCCAAGGAGUAUGAUGCUGAUACAAUAAACAAAGCUACGUGCCUGAUUCUUAUCUUAGCAGCCACUGAUCCCACAGCGGUUACAUUGACAUGGUGUUUAGCCUUAUUACUCAAUAAUCGUGAUGCGUUGAAGAAAGCACAGCAAGAAAUAGACAUCCAUAUCGGUAAAGACAAGCCAGUGGAGGAAAAUGAUAUAAAGAAUUUAGUUUACCUUCAAGCCAUAAUCAAGGAAACCUUGCGAUUACACCCUGCCGGACCACUCGCAGUGCCUCAUGAAUCCAUGGAAAACUGCACCGUUAAUGGCUACCAUAUCCCUGCAGGCACAGAACUUCUCAUCAAUCUUUACAAAAUCCAUCGCGAUUCUCGCGUAUGGUCUGAUCCUUACAAGUUUCAACCGGAAAGGUUUUUGACUACUCACAAAAAUUUUGAUGUAAGGGGUCAGAAUUUUGAGUUGAUACCAUUUAGUAGUGGAAGAAGAAUGUGCCCUGGAGUUUCCUUUGCGCUUCAGGUUGUGCAGCUUACGCUAGCCAAUUUGCUGCAUGGGUUUGACUUAGCAACGCCAUUCGAUGAACCAGUUGAUAUGCGAGAGGCAGCCGGGCUGUCAAACUUUAAAGCUACUCCACUCGAAGUCUCUAUAUCUCCACGUCUUCCUAACUCUUGUUAUGAGUUAAAAUGAUUUGUAAAGUAA